AUGGAAACCAACUUUGACGUACUGAUUGUUGGAAUGGGCCCUGCCGGUCUUUCUGCAUGCUCUCGCCUUGGGGUUACUAACCUGAGAGUUGCCAUUGUCGACAGUGGCAAAGCCGUUUACGACCGUGACCGGCAAGACUUCAACGAUGCUACGAAGGGUCAUGGCGGAGCAGGUCUGUUCUCUGAUGGGAAGUUCUCAUUUUUCCCUUCGGCGUCUGAGCUAUGGUCUCUCAGCGGCGACCGACUGCGGACAGCUUAUGAGUGGACCUGCUCCGUCCUUCAAGAUGCUGGACUUGACACUCCGCCAUUCCCUCAAAAUAUAGACCAAUAUUCGGGUCACGAACCAGGAGUAGACGAAUGGAUCUUGAAGGCUUACCCGUCAGAUUAUCUGUCUCUAGAUAGCCGUCUAAAGUUCGUCAACGGACUGGUCGCCAGCUCCAAAGCUACAAUCUUCAGCCAGACGAACAUUCAUAGCAUAUCUUACGACCGGGUUGCCGACCUCUUUCGUGUAGAAGCCGAGUCCACAUCAGAAGCAGUGUCACGGCAGCUCACAGCCAGGCGGGUGAUCAUGGCCACUGGUAGAUUCGGUCCACUACAAUACUCCCUGAAGCAAUUGGCCACCGAUUUCACUUUCAAACGGUUGGAAGUGGGUUUUCGCAUCCAGCAACACAGCGACAAAGCUUUCUUUCGUGGCAUGAAACAGCUAGACCCAAAAUUGCGAAUCAAGCAAGCUGAUGGGAGUGUUGAGUGGCGCACAUUCUGUGUCUGUCGGCGUGGAGAAACUUGUCUUACUGAAACGGGUGGACUGUGGACUGUAUCUGGCAGAUCAGACUGUCCGCCUACCGGUUUAUCCAACUGCGGAUUCAACUGUCGGAUAACGGACUCUGAAAUCGCUGAAGAAACGCUGAAACCCCUAUUAGAGUCCCUUGGAAAUACUCAAGUCCACUACAAACUCCCAGUGUCCGACGUUCUCAAAGGCGAUCCGCAGGCAUUGGCGCAAUUAGACCGCAUCUACGGUCCUAAGCUUCGGGAGUUAAUGAUUAAGGGACUCACUUCUCUUGCAAAUUCCUUCGAGGAUCUGGCUUCAGAUAUCGACGCGGAACUCAUUGGACCAACCUUGGAAGGCAUUGGAUGGUAUCCCAAAGUUGACACCGCUCUGAGACUUCUCAACGCACCUGUAUGGGUAGCUGGUGACGCCUGUGGGCUGUUUCGUGGGAUCGUUGCGGCUAUGAUUAGUGGGCAUUAUGCUGCAACAGGUGUGUUGGGGGAUCUUAACCGGGAACUUUCACCUAUAUCUUGCGACGUUUGCGACGGAUUAGCUUGCAAAUGUGUAUUGAACCAACUCGUCACAGCUUAG